AUGGUGUCCACGCGCAGUAAGACAGGCGCGCUCCCCACCGCCUCUAAGACCAUCGACAAGGCGCGCCCCUCGCGCCACCCGAAGGGCAAGAAGGGCACGCGCGUCGCCACGUCCAAGGGCAAGGCCGGCGCCGCCGUCUUCCUGGACAACGCCUCCCUGCUCACCGACGCCGGCGUCCACGUCUCCACCGCCUCGCUCCUCGAGGGAACCAAGGGCAUCGUCCUGUUCACGUACCCGCGCGCAAACACCCCGGGUUGCACCACCCAGGCUUGCAACAUGCGCGACGCCAGCGCAGACUUGAAGAACAUGGGCUACAACAUCUGGGGGCUCAGCUAUGACAAGCCCAAGAGCCAGGCCGGGUGGAAGGCCAAGCACUCGCUGGAGUAUGGCCUGCUGUGCGAUACCUUGGACAUCGGCGUCAUCAAGGCCCUGCGCGCGCACAAGAACCCCAAGGGCAUCGUGCGCAGUGUGUUUGUCGUGAGAGCGGGGAAAGGGGGGCCUAAGGUCGUCUUUCACAAGCUCGGCGUGUCGCCAAAGGACAGCGUUCCCGUGGUGAAGGCGUUUUUGGAGGGCGAGAAGAAGACGGAGGAGAAAGCGGAGGAGAAGGAAGAGGAGAAGAAAGAUGACGCCAACGGUGGCUAGGUUCGUUUGGCGGCCGUGUUUGAAGCGCCUUUUCCAGCCUAGUCCCGUCUUGUUUCGCAAUGCUUUCACGACCUGUCCAUACCUAUCCGAAUAAACUCCCGUUUUGUGCAAGUCCUCGUCACUCGUUCCCCGCCCAACAAAGACAAGUCGCACACAAGUCGCACAAGUCGCACAAGUCGCACAAGCCGCACAUCUUCGCUUUUCAUUUUGGUUGCCUCGUCCACGUGACGUGAUCCGCGACGGAGUUUGUUCUCGUGCGCACACGAUUUUUUUCCGAUUUUUUUGUUGCCGCUGAUCUCAACGAACCUCGCCAUCAUCGCCGCUGAUUCGUCUGAUCACUGUAGUUCGGUAAUAAGGACGCGCCUCUUCACAUCCAUUUGCUUACCUGCCCAUGAGUAUGAUUCACUCAAGGUAAUCUGCCUCGUUGACCACGCGGUUCUUCAAGUCUUGGGGAAAAACAGGCGUUUCCAUGUACGGCAUCUUCACACACCCCCAAACGUCAAAACACUGGCUCACCAACACCCUGCUCAUCACUCCUUGUAUGCAUUUGCAAUUCUAGUUUAACAAUCUAACGUCCGGUGCCACUCUAUGAGUAGCAAUACCUCAUUCUUCUCCACGCACUCUUCUCUAAACAGCCAUCUUGACGCAA